GAUCGCCUGACUAAGCCGAAAACACGCAUAUUUUAUUUCCGCGAAGCCAGAUACCGUUUKGAAAUUGACAUUAUUUAAACUGAGUGAUCGUCGAAGUAAGUUAGGUAUCACGAGUGUCAUAACGUCGGUUGCUGACCAUGAAUUGCCAAGAGCCAAAAAGGAGACGAUUGCCUAACGUCUUGCAAACCCUAGGAAGACUCAGUCUACAGGAUGACGGGGAGAGAGACUGGUACACGGAAAGCAUGAGAUAUAUAAACAUGUAUUUCCCAGACUGGAAAGACUUAAAGACGACAGUCAUGGUUCCACCUGCCUUCCCAGUGUCUCUACAACAAGCUUCACAGGGAGAUAUCRCAGAGAAACGAGUGUACGACUUGCUUGAAGAGUUUGGCAAAGCAUAUCAACAACCAAUGUUUGUGGUCCAUUCACAUCAAUUUGCAGACCUGAUUGAAGAAAAGAAAAAAGGAUUCGAGGGCAACAUCAAGAAGUGGAACAAAGGGGAACACGAUUUUGUCAUCAUCCAUCGCRAGUAUGGAUUUCUAUUCCUGCAAGUAAAAAGCAGUAAAUGUGAAGAUGGUCAAGCCUUCAAGAACGCAAUUUGGCAAAUCAACAAAGACAUUGAAUCCAUGAAAGCCUUUCUCAAUGAAUGCUUUGUACCCAGCUUGUUGCCACCAGACAACAUGGAAAGAGUCCUGUACAACUAUCCUGGCUUUGUUGUAAUGCCAAAUUGCCAACCUAAAAAGACCUCCAUURAUCCCAGGGGAGUUUUCAUGAACGACUGCAAGGACAAGGAAUCCUUCAAGAAGUGGUGGGAUGACAAAGUGGUCACCAGCAAUAAUAGGGUCAUGAAUGAAGAGCUUUAUCAAGCUCUUUUAGUCAGGUUCGUGGCUCUUCGUUGUUCGUCUCCAACAACCAGSYCUCAAAUUGAUGAAACUCACAAGCAAAUCGUUCAUUUCCACACUCCACAACAGCUGGAAUGUAUGUUGACUGCUGGAGCAGAGCAGUGGUGGGCUGGUCCAGCUGGRAGUGGCAAAACCGUGCUCUUGAAGAAAAAAGUGAAAGAAUUAGCUUGGAAAAUUCUUGAACAGAGAGCAUCGGAAAAGAUUCUAGUUGUGUGUUUCAACAAACCUCUCUCUGUACACUUAAAGAAACAMUUUCAAGAUUGGUGGCGUAUGCUUUCAAAGGACUUCCCAGGAUCUCAACCAGACCAGUCUCCAGUCCAUGUUUACACCUAUGACUCUUUUAUCAACAAGGUGUUCACUGAAAUACUCCAGCUGAAAGAUAGCUCUGAACUAUACUCAGGACAGAAAUUUGACAGAAGAAGAUAUGAUGUCGAAAAUUACUUCGAGGAUCACGAAUUGCUGUCUCCACUGGACAAGUACCAACACAUCUUUGUUGACGAAGGACAAGAUUUCCAUGGGGAGAAAUGGCUCAGUGUUCUCAAGAAGUUUCACGACCAAGAUCCCAAUAACAACAACGACAAGAACAGCAACAGCAGUAGUAGCAACAGGAACAGCAGCAACAACAACGAUAACAGCAGCAGCGACAGCCGACACUAUUUCUGGGUGUUUUUUGACUCCAACCAACACGUUCAGCCGAGAGAUAACGAAAGCAUUUCCUGGUUAUUCAAUCCUAACGUCUUUCGAUUGACAAAAGUUCUAAGGAAUACAGAGAACAUAUUCCUUCUUGCCAAGACCUGUUACUACGGAGAUGACAGAAACGACAUCGUCCUUGGACAUCGAGAAGUUGGAAUGAAUGUGGUGUAUGAUGACAGUCUUUGGAGAAARAGAUCAAAUGGAAUCCAGAUUCUUGUAAAACAUGUCACAGAAUUGAAACAGAAGAAGGUGAUGCYCAGAGACAUUGUUGUAUUGACAAAGACGAAGGAUACUCUUCAGAAUUUCCACAUACCUCACUGUAAUGCUGAAUACCCAGAUUAUGGUAACGAUUGUGUAGUUAUCAUUGACAGCAUUAGGCGUUUCAAAGGGCUGGAGUCAAAGAUCGUCAUAUUGUAUGAUCCACCUUACGAACUCGACCAAAAUAGCGUGGAAACAACCGCCCUACUCUACACCGCAAUCUCGAGAUGUUUUUGUUAUCUGAUCAUCGUGUCGACRGUGGAUGGUUGCAAAGCGAUCAAAGAGAGAGUUGAAAAGAUGAAAGAGGAAGCAGAUGGCCGUGGAGUUAAUUCUGAAGACUGGGACUAACUAUCACCUGCAUGUGAAGAACUGUCAGGAUUCAUGCACUAUCAGUUUUACCAUUUCAGACCAUAUGCCAUUACCUUGAGUAUUAUUUCUUUUGUAUAGAAAUAAACGUUGUUGACUAUCUUUAUAAGGAGUUUAUAUCAACACUGAUGUAUUUAGAACUACUGAUAUUGACAAAUUCUUUGCCCAUUUUGAAGGCUGAAUUCGAGAAACUAGAGAAAAAAAUUAUUUAAUAUGCGGGGGAAGAUUUCUCCUCAAAAAGCUUAUUCUAUUUGUAUCGUAACACUUGUAGCAAAAAAGUGGAAACAUCUGACUUAUUUUCCACUCUAGUAAAAGUGUGAUUAAGUUUAUAUAUUGAGUUUAUAUAAAUUGACAUGUUAUGCAUCCAUUAAAUCUUUCUGUAUUCA